AUGACCCAAUUCUCGAAAACUGUCAGGAGACAUGAGUGUCCUUUGAUAGGUUGUGAUAAAAAAUAUCAGAAACCAUGUCAGUUGAGGGAACAUAUGCGGUCACAUACCAAUGAUAAACCAUUCGUGUGCCCCGAGAUCGACUGUGGCAAAAGAUUUAACCGUGUUUGCCACAUGAAUGUUCACAGGUGGACCCAUAGACGGGAUAAGCCUUUGGGAUGUGACCAAUGUGACAAGAGAUUUGUCACAAAACAGCAACUGUCAAGGCACAGAAACACACAUUUGAAAAGGGGCCCACCCAAAAGUAUGUGCACAUAUGAUGACUGCACGGCUAUAUUCGAUACACAAUGUGCGCUAACGGAACAUUUAUUGGACACACACAUUCUAAGUAUGAUAGCUCCAGCGGAGGAAAAGAGCGCGGAAUUGAAAAUACCUUCAUCUGACCAGGAUAAACGGGAGAUCGAGGUCUUUUUUCAACAAUGUGAAGAAAUAUACAAUCGAGACUAUGCUCAAGAAGCGAGUACGUGGGUAGAUCUACAGUGCAAGCACUGUGAGUGCGGCUUUUGGAUGGCACCAUCUUAUUCAGAAUUGAUCGCUCAUUAUGACGAGACACAUGGUGCAGUCCCCGUAUCUUUGUUGCAAUUUGGAUUCCAGGGAGGUACGUAA